CCCAUGACGAUCCUGGGCCACAGCAGCCCUCCUGUGCGUCUUUUCUGCAGUAGCCGCGCUCGCCAACGCGAGAACCGGGGGCCCCAGCUGCAGUGUGUAUAGGCCCGGCGCUGCGAUUGGCUGUCUCCGCGAUUCAACAUCGCGGGGGAGCUCUCUUAUCUCUCGAAAACGGCCUGCACCAUCCCAUGAUCACCGUCCUCAGCACUACUAUACUGUGUACGGCCCGAGCAGAGCGGUGAAGGCGGAUGGUGGUGUGCAGCACGGCUGGGGAGGGCUCUUAUCGUCGCCGUGCCCGCUAUCGUGAAACUCUCGUCCUCCAUCACGCUCCCUCUUCAACCACACCACCGCCCCAACGCGCGUCCAGGAGGAACGCAGCGCACCCAGCGGGCGGACAAGCUUUUCCAUGUUCGCAUCACUGCUGCGCACCCGGAAAGACACUCGCUCCGAGACCACGCCUCUUCUGGCCGCCUGGAACCAGUACCGGAGCCGGCAUGCAGAGCAAGAGCAGAGCGCGUCCGAGGACGGGGAGGACGACCGCGAGGAGAUGGCCCAGUACGACGGCGGCGAUGAAGACGAGGACGACCGUGGCCGCCGCGACGAGCCUCUGCUGCCCGUCUUCUCCUCAGAGUUCUUGGAUCGCAUUCCCAUCUACAACACCACCCACGCCCUCCGCAUCAUCGUAAUCCAGCGAUGCGAGACGACGCUCUCCUGGGACCAGCUGCGCUCCCCGCAGGUGUCGCAGUUUCUCAUCAAGCCCAUCCAGCAGCAGAUCCUCUCCGACCACUACUCCCGCGGCACGCUGUACUGUCUGCUCGCCAACUGCCUACAGUUCCGCAAGGAAGGCGAGGCAAACCCGGGCAAUAUCGGAGUGAAUCGCUCUAGGGCGCUGGUAUGCGAGUUGCUGGCUAUGAGGCUGCUGAAGGAGUUUUCUACCCGCGAGUUGAUCGAUGCUCUCUCCUACGACUUCGAUCCCCUCCAGGGUCUAGCCACGCCUACCGCGGGCACUGCGACCCCUGGCGCCGGAAACUGGGCUCGCCGUGAUCCCCGCUCCGCGCGCAUAUCCACCGUCGAAAUCGCCAUUCGCGCCCAGGCCAAGAAGUUCCUCGCACAUCCUUUGGUCGUCCAACAGCUCGAGGCGAUAUGGGCAGGCACCAUCGUCUUCCACUCGGUAGCGGACAGCCUCCAUCGGAAGCCUGAGCCCCAGGCCCGGUACUAUAACACCUUCGACGACGAUGUGUCCCCUGGAAGAGGGCCAUCGCGCCGCCUGUCGCCCACCAAGCAAGCGAAUACACAACCCCCACCUCAACCCGCUGCCGCACUGAUGAGACGUACAGUGACGCUUUAUGAUCCUCGCGACGCCUCCCUCUUCAAGCUUUCUCGACUUCGUGUACCACGCUAUCGCAACCUGUUCUCGACCCUCUCCUUCGCUACCAUGCUUGGCCUCUUCCUCGCUGUCCUCGCGGAGAAAUCCGACGACAUCACUGCCUUGGAGGUCUUGUUCUGGUUCUGGAGCGCCGGAUACAUGUUAGAUGAGAUUGUCGGCUUCUCUGAGCAAGGCUUCGGGCUCUACAUCAUGAGCGUGUGGAAUGCCUUUGAUCUAGGCAUCCUACUCAUGUUCUUGGUCUACUACGUCCUGCGCCUGUACGGCAUACUGAUGCCCGACGUGCAUAGCAGGCAUGAGAUGGCCAUGAUGGCCUACGAUGUUCUCGGCUCGACCGCCGUCCUUCUCUUCCCCCGUCUGUUCUCGGCGCUCGACCACUAUCGCUAUUUCUCUCAACUCCUGAUCGCCUUUCGCAUGAUGGCCAUGGAUCUAAUGGCCAUCUUGGUGCUCAUUGUCAUCAGCUGCUCAGGCUUCUUCGUCGCCUUCACCCUCGCUUUCAAGAAGGACCUGGGUCCGGGUAGCACGGCCUAUGCCCUUUUUCAGCUGUUGAUGGGUUUCACUCCUGCGGCAUGGGACAUCUGGUCUGACUACAACCCCUUAGGGAAGACGCUACUGGCACUCUUCCUCUUCAUCUGCCACUUCCUCAUCGUCACCAUCCUGGUCACCGUAUUGACGAAUUCCUUCAUGGCCGUCGUGCAAAACGCGAACGAGGAGCAUCAGUUCCUGUUCGCCGUGAACACGAUAUCCAUGGUCAAGUCGGAUGCACUCUUCUCCUACAUUCCUCCGACGAACAUCAUCGGCUGGCUAUUUAUCCCUCUGAAAUACUUCAUGCGCUUCAAGAGGUUUAUAAGGAUGAACCGGCUUAUCAUCAAGAUCACCCACAUACCGAUCCUCUUUAGUAUCUUCUUCUACGAACGCUUACUCUUAUCGAACCUCGCUUAUGGACCAACCGACCUCGUCGAGCAGCGCGGUCGGUCACAGUCCAAGGCUCCCGUACCGGCAUUUAGUAUCCGCGGGCCCAUGGAUGUGUUCAGCCCCGGGACACGCUUACGCGAGCCUUCGAUAACAACAUUCCGCAAGGACCGUGCUCUGGAAGAGGUGUUUCGCCGGCCUUUUAGGGAUCCUAGCAUCCAGGCGCCCUCGAAUCCGCUGGGUAGAAGGAACUCAAGUAACGUUGUGACUGAUUGGAUGAAAAACUUGGGCAAUGAAGAAUAUGCCUUCCCACCGCAAGAGGACACCCGAUCCCUCCUUGACCGCUUGGAGGGCCGCGCCAGGCCUGGCUUACGACGCACGAAGACAGCUAGCCAUGUCCAGCAGAGACGUAGACCUCCGCUCACAAGCACCAGGACUAUGGCAUCGGAUCCAGAUGACAAUUUGAAUCCCUUCCAGCGGCCGAUUGCCGAGGAAGAGGAGCCUGACAUAAGGACGGAGGACACGCAACAACAAACGGAGGCUGACGAUGGCGAUGACGAGCUCCUGACCAACGACGAGGAGGAUCGGGGAACAUCUGAUCGCAUUACGAGGAAUACAGAAGAUUUGGACAAGGAGAACAGGCAUCAAGCUGGAUAUGAGACGUCGGAGGACGAAUUUUUCCGCACGCCAAUGACCGUAAAGCCUCGAUCUCUUGCGCGCACCCCGGCAAGAGCUAGUUCCCCAUCGUCUUCGGGUUUCCAGAAGCCCGUCGAGAUGUCCCCCGGGAAGAAGCAUGAUCAGCAGAAGCCCAGCCAUAAUCGCAACUGGUCAACCAACACGGUCCUCUUCAGCCCAUCGAAGGACUUCAGCCCAUCUCAUGAAGCUGCGGAGCCGAAUUUCCGUUCACGCUCCCCCGAAAAGCCACCUCGUACAGCUACACGCAGCGGGACAGCUACCCCAGGUCGUCUGUCAGGCGACGGCUACCGAACGCCAAAGGCCCCUGCUAUGAGCACGGCGCCCGCAUCGCGACCUCGACCCAUCUUCCCUCCACGCGAGCUCAGUCGCCAACCACCGAACAUAGCAAACUUCGUUUCACUUGACCAGCGUAGACGCGAGCCGUCUUUCAACGCGAUGGCUCUCGACCUUGCAUCGGAUAUCGGCGACAACAGGCAAGUGCCUGACUUCGGUGCUCUUGGCGCGCUACCUGCAUCUUUCAGCACACAGAUCCAGAUGGCGGCGCGGCUACAAGCGAGGGACAAGAGCGGUAGCGAUGAUGAGUCGAAGCGCAUGAGUAGGAUAAUGCUUGCUCGGAUGACAACGUUAGAAGAGGGCUUUAGGGACGUCCUUAAGGAAGUCAAGGGGCUCACGAGAGGGAGUGAGGGCACUCAGAGCUACGGAACUCACAGCCCGCCGCCCGAGCUUGCAAAGAGAAAAGGGAAGGGGAGGAAGCGGAGUGGCAAGAAGAGUGAUGGGGACACGAGAAUGGGAUCGAGCGUUUAGCGACAAAAUCAUUUCUUUCUGGUUUGAGCGGCUGUCUCAUUAGCUUUUCGCCGUAUCUUAUGGUCAUUUGCAUAGUUUGCGGGCGGGUUCUUUGGACUUUUGUUGCGCAAGAUAUCCCCCUCGGGCAUUUGCGUGCGCAACGUUUUUGGUGGCCUCCGCGGGGGCUUUGUACCAUAGGUAGCUUGUAUGAGCGUAAUUUCUAUUGAAUGUGCUACCCUUGCA